CUUUUUUUUUGUCCUCGACGCGAUUCAUAUGCGCAGGCUAAUUUUCCAGAAUCAGGAGCGCACAAUCGAUCGUGCGAGACGAAUAUCGCAGAUGCGACAGCAAGCCUUGACAAUCGAGUCGCAAUGUUCAAAACGUCAAAAUGUACAUAUAUUUUCUUCUUAAAUCAUAUGGAUCUAUUAUGUUGCUAUAAUUAUAUAAUGAUUAAUUAUUCGCAUUCUUUUUAAUCCUCGAAGGAAAUUCUCAAAAAAGAUGUUUUUUUCUAAUCUAUCGAUAUUGGCAUCAUGUCGUGAGAUACUCGCGGAUAUCUGCACAAAUCUAGCCUCCCGCCAACAGAAGCGUUACAAUUUCGUUGGAUUAGGCAACGCCAAUGUCGACGACGCAAUGGUGUGAUCGAACACGCAACACGUGAAACACACUGUUAAACGUUCUACUUGAAAGCAAGUGUACAGAAGUCUUCUUCCUCGCGAUUUCUUCCUGGAAGAGGACAUCGGCGUCACUGGCAAUCUCUUCUGCGAAGUUAGAUCUGCGCGUGAAGGGGGAAUCGCUGUAAGUGGAGAACAUCGAUUCGCUUGAGUCUAUAAUCGCUGACACGUAAUCAUGACCAACCUAGCGCCACGCACGUGACCUACUACCUCCUCCGACGCAGGCUGGCGCUUAAUUUAAACGGAAUCGAGAAGCUUAAAAUACGCGGGAUCAGAGAGGAGAGAAAAGAGAGAGUUAUUUCACUGCACGUAAAAGAAGCAAAAGUCAUAUCGUACUGUCUACCAUCAGUGCUUUAUGCUUAUCAAUUCGUCAAUAUUAAAAUUGAACAAGAAGAGCAGUUUGAAGAUAAUCGUUCAUCUCUGAUUCUCGUCAUGAUCGAUAAGCGAUAACGCGAGGUAAAUAAAUCGCGAAUCUAGAAUAAAUAGAGUAACGAAUGCUACGCAAAAGAUUCAGUUCGAUUGGAUAGAGUGAAUCAGCUACCCGCCCUCGAUAAGGUGAACCGAGCGAUAAGCGAUUUCGGGGUCGUGCGAUCGUCGAGAAACGAAAAGAAUCAAAGGCGACAUGUUGCAGAUUGUCGUUCGUAGAGCGACGUUCAGUCGUUUCUUGGAACUUUUAACGGGUAGUUCGCCGUUGCGCGCGCUCUCUAGUAUCACCGGCACCAGAAUGACAUCGACCGGAUGUGAGGACCGCAAUCAGAAGGUCGUCCCUAAGGACGAGGUUGUCAGGUUCAUCGAAGAGUGCAUGUGCAAGGCUGGCACCACGGUGGAAGACGCGCACGUCGUCGGUCAUCAUCUAAUGAUCGCCGACUACAGAGGCCACUUCAGCCACGGGAUGAACCGGAUGCAGAUGUACGUGCAGGAAAUCGAGGCCAGGAUCACCGAUCCCGCCGCCCGGCCGCAGAUCAUCACCGAUUUCCAGGCGAUAGCCCUCGUAGACGGGAGGAACGCGUUAGGUCAAGUGGUCGGCAAGUAUUGCAUGGAGCUCGCCAUAGAGAAGGCCAGGAAAUUCGGUAUCGGCAUGGUGGCGGCGCGCGGCUCCAAUCACUACGGCAUCUGCGGCUACUACACGAUGAUGGCGAUGGAGCAAGGCCUGAUCGGCUUCACUUGCACCAACACGAGCCCGCUGAUGGCGCCAACGCGCAGCAUGAAAGCCGCUCUGGGAACGAAUCCCUUGUCCAUGGGCAUGGCUGCCUGCGACGGCGACGAGUUCGUCCUCGAUAUGGCAACCACCACCGUCGCCCUGGGCAAGAUCGAGCUGGCCAUUCGGAAGGGCGAGGACAUCCCCGAGGGGUGGGCACUCGGACCCGACGGAAAAGUGACUCGCGACGCCGAGAAGGCUUACGAAGCUUCUUUAUUGAUGCCUCUCGGUGGUACAGAACACAAUUCUGGGUACAAGGGUUACGGUCUGGCCCUAAUGGUCGAGCUACUCUGUGGUAUCUUGACCGGAAGUCAAUUCGGGCCGAAUAUCCGCAUGUGGAAGACCGGCGAUAGGGUCGCCGAUCUCGGGCAGUGCUUCAUGGCCAUUAAUCCGGAGGCCUUCGCGUGCGGAUCGAAAGAGAGAUUGACGACCUUGCUCAAACAGCUGAGAGACCUGCCCGCCUCCGGCGAGAAGCCGGUUCUGAUCGCUGGCGAUCCCGAGAGGCAGCAUAUGAAGAAAGUCGACACGGAGGGCGGAAUCACAUAUCAUCCUAAUCAGCUGGAGGCCUCGGAAAAGUUCGCUAAACAUAUGGGCGUACGACCGAUGAAACUUAUUUCUAAAUUUGCUUGAUUUUUUUUCUCGUCAAUGAAAAGACUGAUCUGAUUUUAUUUUUUUUUUAUGUU